GAGCCCGGGCGUGCAGCCGCCGCAGCCGCCUCUGCCGCUGCCGCUGAGCCGGAGCGGGGGCCGCCCUCGCCGCAUCCCUCUACCUGCUAACAUCCUGCAUUAGAGAACUUGUGGCCAAGGUAUAGCUGUGGAGAGCUGGCCAGGGAGGGACGCUGCCUAGCUGCUGCUCUGCUCCUGUCUCCUGUCCCCUCCUCUGGCCAUGACAGAGACUCGUGAGCCAGCUGAAACUGGGGGCUACGCCAGCUUGGAAGAAGAUGAGGAGGACCUCUCUCCAGGCCCUGAGCAUUCCUCUGACUCCGAAUACACACUCUCAGAGCCAGACUCCGAAGAGGAAGAAGAUGAGGAGGAGGAGGAAGAGGAGACCACUGAUGACCCUGAAUAUGACCCUGGCUACAAGGUGAAGCAGCGCCUGGGUGGGGGCCGGGGUGGCCCAUCCCGCCGGGCCCCCCGUGCAGCACAGCCCCCGGGCCCCCCAGCCCAGCCCUGCCAGCUCUGUGGCCGCUCACCCCUUGGGGAGGCCCCACCAGGCACCCCACCCUGCCGGCUCUGCUGUCCCGCUACAGCCCCCCAGGAAGCGCCAGCCCCUGAAGGCAGGGUGCUUGGGGAGGAAGAGGAAGAGCCACCUCAGGCUGGGGAGGGCCAGCCCACUGGGAGGGAGGAGGACGAGGACGAGGAGGAGGAUGAGGAGGGCACCUACCACUGCACGGAAUGCGAGGAUUCUUUCGACAACCUCGGGGAGCUGCAUGGGCACUUCAUGCUGCAUGCCCGGGGUGAGGUGUAGGCAUAGCCCCACACCCAGGGAGCUUGGCAGAAAGGGUGGGGGGGAGGGGACUGAAGAAAUUGGGUGGUUGAAAUGGUCUGGGGGGAUGUGGUACUGCCUAUCUGUGUUGUCUUAGCAGUAUGUGUGAAGGCCAGAAUAAAAGCCAAAUUCUGU